AUGGAUCUGGGGGAGGCCAAGAGGAGGCGGGAGGAGCGCAAGCUGGAGCUGCGCAAAGCCGCCGGCGAGGCCAUGGCCACUGGCGGCGAUGUCGCCUUGGCCGGCAUGGACAGCGACUACAGCAUGCCGGACGACCACUCCCCAAACACGCAUGGCAGGAAGAGCCGCACGGUGCCUCCAAAGGAGACCACCAGCGCGUAG